AAAAAGGGAGAACAAAAAGAGUGGCGAUAGCUGAGUGAGAGGCAAAUCAUGCAAACGCAUUUAGUUAGACAAGUGUCCCUCUAUGAAAAUCACCAUCUCUAUAUACAUAUGUGUGUAUUUACAUGCUUAAAUUAUAUAUGUGUCGAUUUGCCUUGGGUAAAGUUCACUUUCAUCAUCAUUUUGACAAUACAAAGUUAUAAAAGAGCCCUCUUUUAGGAAAACCAAUAUUGUAGUACUCUUUGCAGGACUCUACUAGACUCGAGUGCUGUAGUCUGUAGAUAAAAGUAAAAAAAAUCGAAUCUUUUUUUAAUGUUAUUAAUAAAAAUCCAAUCUUUUUUCCUCCUCUUUCAACUUUGAGCUCAAAACUUUUCAACCUCUUUCUUGGGGUGUGUUACGUUGUUUUUGAGGUGCACCCACAGAGUAACACCUCCAUAUCUCUUUCCUCACCACGUGUUCCUCAAUUUCCUUUUCCCCUCCAUUUUUCUCCCCCAAAUUUCUACUUCUUUUUUUCCUUGCUCUCAAAACUAACAAUAAUACUCACAUGGAUCGGCUCUAACUAAACUGCCCCUUUUCUGCAAAAUUUCCAAAUUUUUCGACCUCCAAUUUUGAUGAUGGCUUCAAUUCUCCGGUUCAGGAAAAUCUGUUUCCUCCAGCCCGCCAAGUGCCCCUCACCCGACGAGAAAAAGCCACAAAAAUUGGAGGCCCGAAAGGUCGAGCGCAGCAAAAGCCCGAAAAAGAAACCAAAGGAGGGGCUUUCGAGGCAAUGGAGGUGCAUAGAUUCUUGUUUCUGGACGAUUGGGUAUAUUUGCACGAUUUGGUGGCUGCUUUUGUUUUUGUACCACUGUUUGCCGGUGAACUUGCCCGGGCUGCAGGGGCCCGAGCCGCCGGGCGCGAGGCUGAGCCGCCAGGGACUCGCCGCUCACCACCCGGUGGUUCUGGUGCCCGGCAUUGUCACCGGCGGCCUUGAGCUUUGGGAGGGCCGGGCCUGCGCGGAGGGCCUCUUCCGCCAGCGGCUAUGGGGUGGUAGCUUUACUGAGAUUUUUAAAAGGCCCAUGUGUUGGUUGGAGCAUCUUUCCUUGGACAAUGAAACAGGGCUUGAUCCACCAGGAAUUCGGGUUCGGGCUGUCCCCGGGCUUGUUGCAGCUGACUAUUUUGCCCCUGGGUAUUUCGUUUGGGCUAUCCUGAUUGAGAAUUUGGCCCGAAUUGGUUAUGAGAGCAAGAAUAUGUACAUGGCUGCUUAUGAUUGGAGGCUGUCCUUCCAAAACACAGAGGUAAGGGACCAAACACUGAGUAGACUGAAGAGCAAAAUCGAGCUCAUGUACGUGACAAAUGGGUACAAGAAAGUGGUUGUGGUGCCUCAUUCGAUGGGCGUAAUUUAUUUUCUGCAUUUUAUGAAAUGGGUUGAGGCCCAACCACCGAUGGGUGGGGGUGGCGGGCCGGGCUGGUGUGCAAAGCACAUAAAAUCAAUCAUGAAUAUUGGCCCGGCUUUUUUAGGUGUUCCGAAAGCUGUAAGUAAUAUUUUGUCUGCCGAGAGCAAAGACGUGGCUUUUAUCAGGGCUAUGGCACCUGGACUGUUGGAUUCCAAGAUUUUUGGGCUUCAAGCCUUAGAACAUGUAAUGCGCGUGUCUCGAACGUGGGACUCGAUAAUUUCUUUAUUACCUAAAGGCGGGGACACCAUUUGGGGUGACUUGGAUUGGUCUCCCGAAGAAGAUCAUGUGCAAAAUCAGUUUGACGCGAAGAGCAAUAACACGGACGGUAGAAGAGGAUUUCAAAUACAAUUAAAGUCGGCUAAAUAUGGAAGGAUCGUGUCUUUUGGGAAGGCAGCAUCCGAAUUGCAUUCUUCAGAGUUGUCUGUAGUCAACUCCCACUCCCAGAAUGCGAGCUCUCCAAAGGCCCUUGCAUCGUGUGGGAAAGUGUGGACCGAAUAUAAUGAACUGAGCCAUGAGAGCAUUUUGAGAAUCGUGGAGAAGAAGGCGUACACUGCAAACACUUUAUUACAGCUUAUUCGAACAAUCGCUCCGAAAAUGAUGAAAAGGUCGGAAGCUCACUUUUCGCACGGCAUUGCAGACGACCUCGAUGAUCCCAAGUACAAUCACUACAAGUUACCGGAUGCCCCGAAGAUGGAGAUAUACUGCUUAUACGGUGUGGGGAUCCCCACGGAAAGAUCGUACGUGUACAAAACGACCUCACAAAACAUCCCUUUCCAAAUAGACAACGGUGGGGUCCACUCGACUGACGGAGAUCAGAGUGUUCCUGUGUUGAGCGCCGGCUUCAUGUGCGCCAAAGGGUGGCGAGGCCGGACGAGGUUCAAUCCUUCGGGAAUAUCGACUUACGUGCGCGAAUACAAGCACAAGCCACCAGCCAACUUGUUGGAAGGGAGAGGGGUGGAGAGUGGGGCCCACGUGGACAUCAUGGGAAAUGUGGGACUUAUCGAGGAUGUCCUAAGGGUGGCCGCCGGAGCCACUCGGAUUGGUGGUGGGGAUAGGUUACACACAAAAUGA